AUGGAUUCUAAGGCUGGAUCCACCCAGGGCACCUCCAUUGCACGGAUUCUGUUCUAUCUCGGCUCUUGGUACUUUUUCUCGUCGGCCCUCUCAAUAUACAACAAGGCCCUGCUUGGAAAGCACCAAUACAACCUCAACCUGCCGCUGCUGCUAUGCGCGAUCCAUGCCAUGACCCACUUCUUGACGUCCCUGUUCCUCUACAACUUCUUCUGCAUGGACCUGCGGCGGCGGCCAAAGCCCACUGUCUACCACUAUCUGACGCACGUCGUCCCGACGGGGCUCUGCACAGCGCUUGACAUUGUGAUGAGCAAUGCCUCGCUCCACUAUAUCAGCCUCUCCUUCUACACGAUGAUCAAAUCGAGCGUGCCCGUUUGGGUUCUGAUGUUCGCCUUUCUGUUUGGACUGGAAAAGAUUCGGCUCUCGCUGAUAGCCAUCAUCAUGAUCAUCGUCUUUGGCGUCGUCAUCACCAUCGCCGGCGAGAUCAAAUACGACACGCUUGGCCUGGUGCUCGUCCUCGGCGGCUCCAUCUUCUCGGGCCUGAGGUGGUCGCUGACCCAGAUUCUGCUGCAGGGCCCGUCGUCGCCCAUGGGCCAUCCCGUGCUGACGCUUCUCUAUCUCAGCCCGGUCAUGGCCUUCUUCGAUGGCAUCCUCUCGCUCGUCCUCGAGUUUGGAUACGGCAACGCUGCCAAUCACCCUCAAUUCGCCUCUGUCGGCUCCAUCGUUGAUCUGGUUGGGCUGCUGGCCAUUGGCGGCGUCCUUGCGUUCCUGAUGACGAUUUCCGAAUAUUUUUUGAUCGCCAGCACGUCCGUCGUCACUCUCUCUGGCCGCACCCACAAGAUCGGCACAGAGGACGGCAUGUCCAAGGAAGUCGUCGUGAUCGUGCUGUCGAUGAUUAUCUUUGGAGAUCACGUCACCAUGAUCAACGUCGUCGGCAUCAUCAUCACCAUUGGCGGAAUCGCUCUCUACAACCUCUACAAGUACAAGAACGGCAGCCUGGGGCACCAUGCGCGCAGGGGGCCGUAUUCAUCUGUGUCGUCCAAGGACAACGAGCUGGCCAUCUUUGACGACUGA